AUGUGGAUAGGUAUUACGCCAAUUAUUGCAAUAAUAAUUGCAUACAUUGUCAUGUCCAUGACAAUAGGAAUACGUUCUCAUCUACUACGUGCUCUAUUACUUCAUCUCCUUGCUCUUUCUCAAGGAGUUCAUCUCGUCUGGGUCUACGAUCCUCAUGUCGCAUUUCAACUCUUACAUUCAAGUCAAGAGAAAGGCAAUUUAAUUGAAACAUUUCUCUCAGUACCAGCCUGGAAUCCAAUUAUUUCACUUGAAUCAGUCAAUGGCAAACAAUGGGACCGAAUGAAGUGUCAUUUUGUACAAUUACUUAAAAUUUUACAGCCCAUUGCAAAAUUAACGACCAUUUUUACAACCCGGAGUCACGAAUUAUUGGAAUCCACUACAAUAAUUGAUGCCAUUAAAUUAAAUGAAUUAUCCAUUGCUUGUUUCUACGAGUGGAUCUUUGAACGACCAUUUCAGGCCCAAGAAUUUGCCGUCAUUUGUCAAGCGACUUGGGAGUGGAGAAAAGAAUUGGCACUAAAAGGUGUUGCAGACAAAAGGAUAAAAGAACGGACAGUCGAGUGGUGUUUAAACGAGAUUCGGUGUACACCAAGAUUAUAUGAUUUAUUUGGAGAGAAAUGGACUGAACCCGAGUAUUACUCGCUCAUUUUGCAGCCAUUUAUCAUCUCACCGGCAAUCAAUUUGACGGAUAUUGCAGUGGUGAUUCAACAAUGGAUCAAGACUACACCUGUGACAGCGUCCAUUACACCGGAAAUCAUACGGCAAUGCAUUUGCAGUGCUCAUCCUUUCCUUGUUGUCGAGCGUUACUUUCCAAAUGGUAACGCUGAGAUUGGGAUUGCUCCCAAUACGCAUGUUCUCAUUCCGUUUGAUGAGAUGGCGGGUGAUGCAUAUGUAGCUGGUGUUGAUUUAUCCUUUGGUGCUGGAACACGCGUGUGUGUGGGUCGUCAUAUGGCAAUGAAAGCUAUGAUUGGACUGUUUACGGAUUCUUUGACACGGUCGGACAAAUUUCAGCCCAGACUAAACCAUAAGUAUUCGGGCCGCCACAACGAUGGAAAGGAAUCUGUGACAGAAACUCUGUACCAACUACAGCUUGGAGCACGAACGAUUGGUGCCGCCGUUGUUGAUCGACUUUCAGAGGCAUGUGUUUCGUUGUGGAAAAUGAAAAAAUAG